CAGAAGGGGUGUUACUGCAGGACACUACGUGGCGCCCAUCUCUGUGUGACGUGUAUGUCUUCUUACUAACGGAAGGGGAAGCAUUGGUGCGCCACGCUGAUGUCAGUCACUACCAUGCAUCCAUCCAUCACCAACAUCCGCACGCACUCUGGAACUACAAUGCCUAUUACCUCCUCCUCUUCUUGGACUCGAGCAACACCACUCUCAGCCCUUCAGAUAUAGCAACUUUGUACAACUUCAGGAAGACAGAGAAAGCGUUGAUGGUAGAGCCACGAGGGGAAUACCUCCUGGUAUGGACCCACCAUCUGUACUCCACCUCAUCUACCCUUACGCUCCUCGACACCUGGAGAAACGGAAAGUUUCGUCGAGGCAAGAAUCUCUUCCCCGAUAAACUGACCGACUUACAGGGAACUGUGAUUCGUGUUGCCACCUUUGAUCACCCCCCGAGUGUUGUUUAUGUUUAUGAUCAACAACACAACAUUGACAGUCGAUUAGGAGUCGAUAUGCAGAUUGUACAGAUACUCGCAGAGGCGAGAAAUUUUUCUAUAGAGUUCAUUGAGGUCAGUCACGAUGAGCUGUGGGGAUUCGAGCUACCUAACGGCACUUGGGUCGGGCUAGUUGGGAAAGUCUUUUAUGAGCUUGCAGAUAUUGGCGCUUGUAACAUGUUCCUGGAGCUACAUCGAUGGAAACAGGUUGAUUACUCAGCUCCUUAUAAUUUUGAGCGCGGCUGUUUUGUGGCCCCCUCACCCGAGCCACUGUCGAACUGGAAAUCUCCAACAAUGCCCUUCACCUGGACCACUUGGACCUCCAUUGGCAUUGGUCUAGGAGUUGGAGGAGUUCUGCUACACCUGGUGGUGGCUCUGAGUAUCAGACCAGAGUCAUCAGAGUUCAGAAGUGUUUCAUAUGAUUACCUGUACGUCCUGGGGGCCUUGACAAUGCGCUCACUCAAUAUCAAGCCGUCUUACCAGCCAGUGCGUGUAUACGUGGGCUGCGUUUGGCUCUUUAGUCUCAUCUUAGCCACGGCUUAUUCUGCCAAUCUGGUGGCCUUUUUAUCUGUGACCCAAAUGUCGGCACCCAUUAACACCAUGGAUCAACUGUCGAAGAGUAGCCUGAGGCUCGGUGGCCACGCAUUUUGGAUGACGCAAUUUGCUGCCUCCAUUGACUCAACUGUUAGAGGAUUUAAUGACGUUUUGGAGACUGAUGUGAACCUUCAUUCUCUUUUUAACGAUGUUGAAACAGGAGAAUUUGCCUUGAUUGAAAACAAGCAGUAUUUAGAAUUACAAAUUGGAGCUCGCUACACUUACGGCAGCCACGCGUCCAUACGCAUUGUCCCAGAGUGUCUCCAAAUCUAUAGUAUCGGCCUCGCCUUCCAGAAGAACUCUCCAUUAAAACUUCACCUAAACAGUCUAAUCUUACAACUGUUUGAGUCCGGUGUGGUGCACAAGUGGCAGGGCGAAGUGGUAGAUUACUUCAGGUCCCAGUACGCCAGCAGGCGGCCCCGUACCUCAGGAAACUCACGCAGCAGACCCCUCAACCUGGCACAUCUUCAGGGAGUCUUUUAUGUGCUUGGCAUAGGAUACCUGGUCUCAACUCUCAUUCUAGUGUUGGAGCUCAUCGUUACCUCACAAGUCUGGUGCAAACAAUUUCCUCAAAAUUUCCCAACUAUUCAGUAAAUAUGCAAGACAGGAACAAAUCCCAUCAAAACUUUCUCUGAAAUGUAAGACAGACUCGUGUUCUUUUCAAUCUACACAGGAAAUGAAAAGCGAGUUAUUUUUAAAGUGUUCACUGAAAUACGAAUUUAAACUUUAUUAUAGUUAAAUGUAAUAAUGCAUAUCUUAUUAAUAAUUGUAUUUAUUUUUUCAAGGAACUUUAUUCAUAAUAUAUUUUUUUC